CGCAUGCGCAGUGCCCCCCGCGGUGCGGCUCUCCGGAGCCCCGAGCGGCGCCGGUGACGUCGGGGGGCGGCGGCCAAUCGGCGGCGCGGGGCGGCGCGGCGGAGUCGGUGGCGGUUCCGCUCCCGGUCCCGGCGCGGCCAUGGCCCAUCACGGCGGCCCCGCGGUGCUCCCGGAUAACCCCUUCCAAGACCCCGCCGUGGUGCAGCACCGGCCCGGCCCCGAGAGCGCGGCGCUGGACGCCUAUAACCCCUUCGAGAGCGGCGCGCCGCCGCCGCCGUACUAUGCUCCGGCCGGGGCCCCGCCCGCCUCAGCCGUGCCGCCGCCGCCGCAGGGAACCGCGCAGCCCCCGAGGAGACCGAGCCCCACCGAGCCGCGGAACUACGGCUCCUACGGGACGCAGGCCUCGGCUGCAGCUGCCACGGCCGAGCUGCUGAAGCGGCAGGAGGAGCUGAACCGGAAGGCGGAGGAGUUGGACCGGAGGGAGCGGGAGCUGCAGAACGCCGCCCUCGGGGGCAGCGCCGCACGAGCCAACAACUGGCCCCCGCUGCCGUCCUUCUGCCCGGUGAAGCCUUGCUUCUACCAGGACAUCCCCGUGGAGAUCCCCGCCGACUUCCAGAAGACCGUUACCACGAUGUAUUACCUCUGGAUGGCCAGCACCGUUGCCCUCCUCCUGAACUUCCUCUCCUCCUUGGCCUGGUUCUGCGUGGAGCCCUCGUCCGGUUCUGGCUUCGGCCUCUCCAUCCUUUGGGCUCUUCUCUACACGCCCUGCUCCUUCGUCUGCUGGUAUAGGCCCAUGUACAAAGCCUUCAGGAGCGACAGUUCGUUCAACUUCUUUGUCUUCUUCUUCAUCUUCUUUGCCCAGAACGUGAUGUACGUGCUGCAGGCGAUCGGCAUUCCCAACUGGGGCUUCAGCGGUUGGAUCGUGAGCCUGACAGCGCUGAGGAAGAACAAGGCCGUGGCGGCGAUGAUGAUCCUGGUGUCCUUGCUCUUCACGGCGCAGGCGGUGCUGGGCGUUUCCAUGCUGAAAAGGAUCCAUUCCCUGUACCGCCGGACGGGCGCCAGCUUCCAGAAGGCUCAGGAGGAGUUUGCUGCGGGGGUUUUCUCCAACCAGGCGGUGCGCACGGCCGCCGCCAACGCCGCCGCGGGAGCCGCCUCCAACGCCUUCCGGGCGCCGUAACCCGGGGGGGGGGGGGGGGAGGUGGGAGCCCGGGCUCUGCCCUCCCGCCUCGGCCGCUCUCUUCACCAAGAGGUAAAACCCGAGUUUGCACUUUUUUUCAUUGGAUCCCCCGCGCGUCUGCAUCGGCUGCCGGAGGCCGCCUCGGCCCAGCGUGGAAGCGCUGGUGCCCGGAUCGUCUGCUGCUCUCCCCCCCCCCACCUUUUUCUCGCCGAUGGAUGGAGGCUGUUGUGGUUCGGGCCGGGCCCCUUCCCUCCGCGGACCGGGGGAAGGAGCAGGAGGGGAGGUGGGCGCCUUCCCUUCCAGCACCGGGCGGUGGGAGCCUCCUCUCGGUGGGUGGCAGGGGCUGAUAGGGCUGCUGCCCGCUCCUUCUGUUGCCCCAGAUCUUUUUUUCCCCCCGCCCGGCGCUGCCGUGGGGCUCAGCGUUCCCACUGCUGCCCAUGCCCAGCACACACAGGAGCCGGCGCAGCCCUGGGGGGGAUGUGUGUGUGUGGGGGGGGUUCCAUUCCUUCCCUUUGCAGCUGGACCCUCCGCUCUGCCCAGAACGCGUCCCUGCCUUCCCCGGGGGUGGCUCUGUCCCUGGGGGGGGCUGCGUGGGGAGGCCCCCCCCCCAUUCCGUGCCCCCUUCUCCUUCGUGGUGCUGGGCUGAGCCUGCUCUGAGCGUGGGGAUACGCUGGGCCGGGCAGCGGUGGUUCCUCCCUUCCACGUUGGUUCUUCAUUGUGUUCUGCCUUGGGCCAGCGUCCCCCCCCCGCCCUGGGCACCCUGUGCUCCGUGCACUGUCUUUGAGCGGCUCCCCCCCCCCGGGGGGGCACUGAGCCGUUCCCCGUGUGCCCCCUCAUCCUCAGUCCCUGCUGUUGCUGGCCGUGGGGUGGAGCCCCUGGCAGCAGUUGGGGGGGGGCUGUGAGUUGUUGUUUCUUGGCUGUUUUGGGGAGGGGGGGUUCAGUUCCUGCUGCUCCUGUGGGGGCUGAGGGGGUUUGUGCCUUCACCUGUGCCCGGUGGGGGAGGGGGGGUCCCCGGAUCUCUGCCCCUCCCGGGUCCGCCGUGGGGUGACAGCGGCGGU